AGAGGACUGAAAGACCAACUCUUCAAACGGCACAGUCUGUGGUCCAAAAAAAAAAAAGGGAAAUCGAAUAGUCUGCCAACUCUGCCUACACUCUUUACGCCACGAACCUAAGGACAGAGAGGAAGAAAAACGACAGUACAGGAGGGAAAUAGAAAGGCUUGAGCUCUCAGGAGAGUUCAGUGUCUCUAACAACAAUACAAAACACUGCUCUCUGUACCAGCUAGGUUACCUGUGCAAAAGGACUACUGGGAGCAUGGCGUAAAAGAAGAGUGUAGAGAGGGAUUCAAACCUCUGCAACCUGCUGACGACAAGAAAGGGAAGCGCAAGCGAAGAAAGAGAAAUCAAUCCAACACACAUCAAACCGCCUUAAAAACCUUUUGACUGGCAUUCAAGGAACUCAUUUAGGAAGGUCUUGAAGUUCUAGAUUGCCUGUCCAUUCUCCUUCGCAUGUUGCCCGGGAGCAUUGAUAAGAAGAUGGCGUCAGGGCCGUCCUGGGUUUGAGCUGUGGAACCCAGUGGUGAACCAGAACACGUGUCUGAAUGUGUCCUAUCGGGCUUAAAGUGAACUAAGAGUCGGUAGGAUGUCCCAGGAGGACAUGCGUAGCGCCAAGAGCCUCGGGAACACGGGGGCGGACAGCGGGUCAGGGCACGGCGACCCACAGACCAAUGUCCAGGCCCAGACCCAGGAUCCGGACCGAGACCUGGAGACAGACCAGGACGUAGCCCCGCAGAGCCCCAUCGAAGACAUAGUUGUUCUGGACCGGAUCGCCAGUCUCUCGGUGGACAUGUUUGAGCCCAGCGACUUCAUGGGGAGGUUUACUAAGAUUAAAUCCAGGUCCAGGAAGAAAACGCAGAUCUUCAAAGCCUCUCCAGUGGGCCUGAAGCAGCCCCUCCCCCCUGCCAGCGGUGCCGCAUCUGAGCGGAAGGGUCCCGUCGCCAUGGUGCCUGUUACCGUGGACCCCGAGACCAAGCCGGGCGAGUUUGUCCUCAAGAGCCUGUUUGCCAACUUCACCUCCGUUUCCGAGAGGAAGAUACGCAUCAUCAUGGCCGAACCACUGGAGAAACCUCUCAACAAGUCCCUCCAGAGAGGCGAGGACCUCCAGUUUGACCAGUUGAUCAGCACUAUGAGUUCUCUGGCGGAGUACUGCCUACCGUCCAUCCUGAGGACGUUGUUUGACUGGUAUAAACGUCAGAAUGGCCUGGAGGACGAGAGUCAUGAAUACAGACCCAGAGCAAACACCAAGUCCAAGAACGAUGAGCAGCAGAAAGACUACUUGUUGGAACGAAGGGAUUUGGCCAUAGAUUUCAUCUUCUCCCUGGUGCUCAUAGAAGUACUCAAACAGACGCCACUCCACCCGUUGAUGGACGGCCUGAUUCAGGAGGUCAUUAACUUGGCCUUCAGACACUUUAAGUACAAGGAGGGCUACCUAGGUCCCAACACGGGGAACAUGCACAUUGUGGCUGACCUGUACGCCGAGGUGGUGGGGGUCGUGGCCCAAUCCAGGUUCCCUGCUGUGAGGAAGAAGUUCCUCAGUGAGCUGAAGGAGCUGAGGCAGAAGGAGCAGAACCCAUACGUUCUCCAGUCCACCGUCAGCCUCAUCAUGGGAGUCAAGUUCUUCAGGAUUAAGAUGUACCCGGUGGAGGACUUUGAGGCCUCCUUCCAGUUCAUGCAGGAGUGUGCCCAGUAUUUCCUGGAGGUGAAGGAUAAGGACAUUAAACAUUCUCUGGCUGGCCUGUUUGUGGAGAUCCUGGUCCCUGUAGCUGCUACGGUGAAGAACGAGGUCAACGUUCCAUGUCUUAGGAACUUUGUGGAAAGUCUUUACGACACAACACUGGACCUGUCGACCAGGAAGAAACACUCUCUGGCGCUGUAUCCGUUGGUUACCUGUCUCCUGUGUGUCAGUCAGAAGCAGCUCUUCCUCAACCGAUGGCACGUCUUCCUCAACAACUGUCUCUCCAACCUUAAGAACAAGGACCCUAAGAUGGCCCGUGUGGCUCUGGAAUCUCUCUACCGUCUCCUCUGGGUUUAUAUGAUCCGGAUUAAGUGUGAGAGCAACACUGGCACACAGAGUCGGCUGACCACCAUCACGUCCACUCUGUUCCCUAAAGGCAGCCGGAGUGUCGUCCCCAGAGACAUGCCCCUCAACAUCUUCGUCAAGAUCAUUCAGUUCAUAGCACAGGAAAGACUUGAUUUUGCCAUGAAGGAAAUCAUCUUUGAUCUCUUGUGUGUUGGGAAGCCUGCCAAAGCUUUCAGUCUCAACCCUGAGCGAAUGAACAUAGGUCUGAGAGCGUUCCUGGUGAUCGCUGACGCUCUGCAGCAGAAGGACGGGGACCCCCCCAUGCCUAACACUGGAGCCACUCUCCCUUCAGGGAACUCUCUGAAGAAGAAGAAGACAUACCUCAGCAAGACACUCACGGAGGAAGAGGCCAAACUCAUAGGCAUGUCACUGUACUACUCCCAGGUCCGGAAGGCCCUGGACAACAUCCUCAGACACCUGGACAAGGAGGUGGGCCGAUGCAUGAUGCUCACCAACGUACAGAUGCUCAACAAGGAACCCGAGGACAUGAUCACAGGGGAGAGGAAGCCGAAGAUAGAUCUGUUCCGGACGUGUGUAGCAGCUGUCCCUCGUAUCCUCCCUGACGGAAUGUCCAAACCUGAACUCAUAGACCUGCUUUCACGCCUGACGGUCCAUAUGGACGACGAGCUCCGCCUCAUCUCCCAGAAUUCCCUGCAGAGCCUGUUACUGGACUUCUCUGAUUGGAGGGAAGAUGUCCUGUUUGGAUACACACACUUCCUGCUGAGAGAGGUGCAAGACACCCACCAGGGUCUUCAGGACUCCUCCAUCAAACUCCUGUUGCAGCUGCUAACCCAGUGGAGACUCACACUGCAGAUCCCUGGGAGCAAACGGGCUGCUGAGGCCAGUCCCAGGCUGUCAGACCGGACCCCCCACUGCUCGGUGCUCCAUGCUGUAGAAGGCCUGGCCCUGCUGCUCCUCUGCUCCUGUCAGACCAGCACGCGCAAACUGGCCGUGUCCGUCCUCCGGGAGAUACGCAUCCUCUUCAACACCAUCGGACACGCGGAGGACGAUGACAAGCCGAUGAUCGAGGUGAUGGACCAGUUGAGCCCGGCGGUCCUGGACAGCUUUGUGCACGUGGCCGUGUCCGACUCGGCCACCCUGCCCCUCAGCCACCAUGUGGACCUCCAGUACCUGGUGGAGUGGAGCGCCCGGCUGGUGAGCAGCUCCUACGACGUCAGGAGUCCCAGCCACGUGUGGAUCUACGCCCAGUGUGUCAAAGACCCCUGGAUCCUCUGCCUGCACAGCUUCCUGCACCAGGAGCACCUCCCCCGGCUCUGCCCCUCCGCCCUCAGCUACGCCUGGCCCUACGCCUUCACCAGGCUGCAGCUACUGCUGCCCCUGGUCGACCCCAAUAGCCCGGUGAACGCCAAGAAGACCGCGUCGGCCGGCUCCAGCGACAGCUACAUCUCCCUAUGGAGGAACUACCUGAUCCUGUGCCUGGGCGUGGCCAAGCCCAGCAUCAUGUCCCCGGGUCACCUGAGAGCCUCCACCCCCGAGAUCACACCCACUACCCCGGAUGGGAGCGUUACCUACGACAACAAGGUCAUUGGCACUCCAUCAGUGGCGUGGCUCCUGAAACAGCUGGUCCCUCUGAUGAGAGCUGAGAGCAUCGAGAUCACGGAAUGCCUGGUGUUGGGCCUCGGACGCACCAAUGCCCUGGUGUUCAGGGAGCUGGUUGAGGAACUCCACCCAUUGAUGAAGGAGGCUCUGGAACGCAGACCUGAGAAUAAGAAGCGUCGUGAGAGAAGGGAUCUGCUCAGACUGCAGCUGCUCAGGAUCUUUGAACUGCUGGCUGAUGCUGGAGUUAUCAGUGACAGUACUAAUGGUGCGUUAGAGCGCGACAGCCUGGCCCUGGGAGCCCUGUUCCUGGAGUACGUUGACCUGACCAGGAUGCUGCUGGAGGCGGAGAACGACAAGGAUCUGGACGUCCUGAAAGACAUCCGGGCCCACUUCUCUGGGAUGGUGGCCAACCUCAUACAGUGUGUCCCUGUCCACCACCGGCGCUUCCUGUUCCCCCAACAGUCUCUGAGGCACCACCUGUUCAUCCUGUUCAGCCAAUGGGCCGGCCCCUUCAGCGUCAUGUUCACGCCCCUUGAUCGCUACAGUGACCGCAACCACCAGAUCACCAGAUAUCAGUACUGUGCUCUGAAGGCGAUGUCAGCGGUGCUGUGUUGUGGUCCGGUGUUUGACAAUGUGGGUCUGUCCACUGAUGGAUACCUCUACAAGUGGCUGGACAACAUCCUGGCCUGUCAUGACCUGCGGGUACACCGUCUGGGCUGUGAGGUGGUGAUUCUACUGUUGGAGCUGAACCCAGACCAGGUGAACCUGUUUAACUGGGCGGUCGACCGCUGCUUCACUGGGUCCUACCAGCUGGCCUCAGGUUGCUUCAAGGCCAUUGCCACUGUCUGUGGUAGCAGGAAUUACCCAUGUGACAUAGUGACUCUGUUGAACCUGGUGCUGUUCAAGUCUUCAGACACCAGCCGAGAGAUCUAUGAGAUCUCCAUGCAACUGAUGCAGGUUCUGGAAUCCAAGCUGUGUGUGUAUUCUAAGCGGAUGGUGGAGCAGAAGCCCGGGAACAUUCUGUAUGGUACCCAUGGACCCCUGCCCCCGCUCUACAGCGUGUCUCUGUCCUCCCUGUCCACACAGCUGGCCUCCAUGUACCCGGAGCUCACACUGCCCCUCUUCUCAGAGGUGUCUCAGCGCUUCCCCACCACUCAUCCUAACGGUAGACAGAUCAUGUUGUCCUACCUGCUGCCCUGGCUCUCCAACAUAGAGCUGGUGGACACGGGCCUACUGCCUCCACCCUCCAGCCCCUGCACCCCCGAAGAGGAGCCCCGUGGUCGGGCACACACCCUGGGUCUGUCUCCUCGGCUCCGGGGGAAUGGCUGGGGCUCCCUCCAGGCCACCUCACUCGUCUUAAACAAUCUGAUGUUCAUGACGGCUAAGUAUGGAGAUGAGGUUCCAGGUCCAGAGAUGGAGAACGCGUGGAACGCCCUGGUGUCCAAUGAGAAGUGGAGUAACAACCUGCGUACCGCCCUGCAGUUCCUCAUCAGUCUCUGUGGGGUCAGCUCAGACACCACGCUCCUGCCUUAUAUCAAGAAGGUGGUGAUCUACCUGUGUCGUAACAACACCAUCCAGACCAUGGAGGAGCUGCUGUUUGAGCUCCAGCAGACCGACCCCGUCAACCCGGUGGUGCUCCACUGUGACAACCCGCCCUUCUACCGCUUCGCAGCCAGUCACAAGAUGUCUGCCCACCAGUCAGGCACCACAUCCAGCAGUAACACAGUCGUGGCUGGGCAAGAGAACUUCCCUGAGACGGAUGAGUCCAAACUGGCCCGGGAGAACGAGGAGAGGUGGGUCCACAUCACUGCACCUUUUGGGGCCCGUGCUCAUCACAGACUGGAGUCUCGCUAUAGUAACAGCUCCGGCGGUUCCUAUGAUGAUGAGAAGAAUGACCCUCUACCGCCGUAUGCUGGUUGGCUGAUGAGUGUGUUGGAGACCAAUCGGCCGCAGGCAUUACCCAUGCCCGUAAACGGAGGCUGCUGGGCACCGCUGGUUGACUACCUUCCUGAGACCAUCACACCAAGAGGACCUCUUCACAGGUGUAACAUUGCGGUGAUCUUCAUGACUGAGAUGGUGGUAGACCACAGUGUGAGGGAGGACUGGGCUCUGCACCUUCCAUUGUUGCUACAUGCUCUCUUCUUAGGUUUGGACCACUACAGGCCGGAGGUGUUUGAACACAGCAAACGCCUCCUUCUGCACCUCCUCAUUGCCCUCUCCUGCAACAACAACUUCCAGGUCAUAGCCUCUGUGUUGCUGCUCACCCGAGAGAUUAGUGACAAUAAAACACUUACCGUAAAGUCCAGCUACCAGCCAGAGUAUCAAUACUCAGGUGGUCCUGACUUCCUGCGGGAGUGGCAGGCAUCCACGGGGGUUGACUCGGGCAUGAACUCGUCCUCCAACUCUUCUUCUGUCAGUCUGGGCAGCGUGGGUAACCUCCCGAUGGUAACCCCCGAUGACCUGGAGGACCUGGAGGACACAGCCAGUGAGACGGACGAGAAGACCAAUAAACUGAUUGAGUUCUUAACCACCAGUGCCUGGAGUACUGCUCUCUUCCUACUCAGAGCCUACGGGCCGCUGUGGGUCCACGAGGACAUCACUCCCAAGAACCCCCACUGCAAGAGCUCCGACCAGCUGUCCAACUUCCUCCGGCACGUCAUCUCCGUCUUCAAGGAGUCCAAGUCAGACUUCCACCUGGAGCAGCAGCUGAGUGAUGUGGCGUUGCAGACCGCCCUGUGCAGCUCAUCUCGUCACUAUGCUGGGCGGAGCUUCCAGAUCUUCAGAGCUCUCAAACAACCAAUCAACGCUCACGCUGUCUCGGACCUGCUCUCCCGUUUGGUGGAGGUGGUGGGAGAACAUGGGGACGAGGUGCAGGGCUAUGUGAUGGAGGUGUUAUUGACUCUGGAGUCAGUGGUGGUGAAUCUGGCUGAAUGUCUGAAGAACAGCGACCUGAUGGCAGCCCUGACGAGGACCUCCUCCCCAGACUUCCUGACCAAUGAGAAGCUUGAGAAGCAGUUCAACAGGAAGAGCACAGGUCAGCUGAACCUGCCGGGGGUGGGUCUUUGUGGCCUCUCAUCCGAACGCAACCGACACCAGCGAUCCUAUUCUGUGCCAAAGAAGUUUGGCGAGAGCGGCAACCAAUCACACGAUCCACCUCGCAGCGCCACCCUGGACCGUAUCCAGGCCUGCACCAAUCACGGCCUCGGACGGCCCGGGCGGAGUAUACAUGCUUCAUCUGCAUCGACCAAUCGUAUUGACCCUAGCGUGCUGUCUGAUCCCGCCCACGUCUCCCAUCCUUCGUCCAUAUUGGCCACGGUGUUCUGGGUGGCGGUGUCACUCAUGGAGUCAGACUUUGAGUUUGAGUAUCAGAUGUCACUCCGACUGGUCCACAAGCUACUGUCAAAGGUGCCCCUGGACCGGGCCGAGAACCGUGAGCGCUUGGAGAAGCUGCAGGCCCAGCUGAGGUGGAGCGGGUUUUCUGGACUACAACAGCUGCUGUUGAAGGGUUUCACCUCCCAGACGACCUCUGACCUCACGCUGCAACUCUUCUGUCAGCUCACGCCUGUCUCCCGCGUCCCUGUGGUGGACACAUCCCAGGCUAUAGGUUUUCCUCUGAACGUGUUGUGUCUGCUACCUCACCUGGUGCAGCACUUUGGUCGCCCCACUCAGUUCUGCAAGGAGAGCGCUGAGAGGAUUGCCCAGGUGUGCCUGGAGGAGAAGAACACCAAGCUGUCCCACCUGGCUCAUGUGAUGACCCUGUACAAGACCAGGUCGUACACACGGGACCCCUUCUCCUGGGUCAGCGUGGUGUGUCGGUACCUCCACGAGGCCUUCGCUGAUAUCACCCUCAACAUGGUGACCUACAUGGCUGAGCUCCUGGACAAAGGCCUACCUAGCAUGCAACAGUCCUUGUUACAGAUCAUCUACUGCCUGCUGAGUCAUAUGGACAUGACGGCUGUCCAGGUGAAACAGUUCAAUGCUGACGUCCUCAAGACCAUUGAGAAGUUUGUACAGACGGUCCACUGGAAGGAUGCACUGAACAUCUUGAAGCUGGUGGUGUCUCGGUCAGCCAGUCUGGUGCACCCGGCCUAUAGCCACGCCCACGGUGACCUUUCCAACCUAGAGGUCAGCCGGGUCUGGGACGGAUCAGCCAAGGCCCUGCCCGGGAAGACACUGGACUUCACCUUUGACAUCUCAGAGACUCCAGUGAUUGGGCGGAGGUUUGAUGAGCUGCAGGGUUCUGGGGUCAGGGAGGGGAAGGCCAGAGCCAUGGCCGUGACCCGGAGCACCUCCUCCACUUCCUCUGGCUCCAACUCCUACGCCGUCCUGGUGCCAGUCAGCUGGAGGAGGCCUCAGUCCUCACAGAAGAGAACGAGAGAGAAGCUGGUGAACGUUCUGUCCCUGUGCGGUCAAGAGGUCGGCCUGACCAAAAACCCCUCGGUGAUCUUCUCGUCCUGCGGUGACCUGGACAUGAUGGAGGUCCAGGGGAGCGGCGUGUCCUCGGAGGAGGGCGGGACCAGAGACGACACGCUGGACGACACGGCGUCAGAGCAGCAGUUCAGAGUGUUCAGAGACUUUGACUUCCUGGACGUGGAGCUGGAGGACGGAGAGGAACUCCAGGGCGAGAGCGGCGAUAACUUCAACUGGGGCGUGAGGCGGCGGUCUCUGGACAGCACCGAGCUGGGCGACCUAUUAGAGGAGAGUCAGCACUCCGGCAGCACCCCUAGUCUAGGACACGAAGACCCCCAGGACUCUGACGAAUCAACAGAGGAGGAGGAGUCCUCCACCAGUCAGAGUCUGUCUCACUCACAGCUGACAAAUCUAUCCCCGUCAGAGGAGACCAACCACACGGACUCUCUAUCGUACGACGCCACCUCCCUCAACGCCACCACGCCUGGGACAAGCCAAGAGCCUCCUGCCGACGAGCAUGGAAGUCUGCAGGGCAGGGUGAGUGUGUGUGGUGAUGACGACGACACCCAGGCCCAGGUGGAUGACCUGUCCCUCAGCGUGAAUGACCUGCCCCAGGGCCUGGGCUCAGACUGUGGGGAGGGGGAGAGCUUCACCCUGGAGCUGGCAGGUCCGCCUCUGGACGGGGACCACGGCAGUCACCAGGACCCUCACGCCUACCAUGGACACGACAUGGACAUCUGUAGACCACCGCUGGGGUUUCUAGACCCAAGCUGUUUACCCAGUCUCCGUGAUGACGUGGACGACCUGGAGGACCUUGGUUUUCCUCCUCCGCCUUCUCCGUUCUUCUCCGCCAUCUUGGCGGCAUUCCAGCCGACGGUGUGCGAUGACGCUGAGGAGGCGUGGCGUUGCCAUAUCAACCAGCUGGUCGCGGACUCGGACGGAUCCUGCGCAGUCUACACCUUCCACGUCUUCUCGUCGCUCUUUCAGAAUAUCCAGACCAAGUUCUGCUCCCUGACUAGUGAUGCUGCUAGUUAUUUAGGAGACGGGCUGAGGGGCAUUGGGUCGAAGUUUGUGAGGUCAUCUGACAUGUUGACAACGUGUGCUGACUGCCCCACGCUUUACGUGGACGCCGACACGAUCAUCUCGUAUGGUUUACUGGAAAAGAUCAAGUUCAGUGUGCUGGAGCUGCAGGAGUAUUUGGACACGUACAACAGCAGAGAGGAGGCUGCCGUCUCAUGGCUGAGGAACUGUAAGGACACAUUUCCCAGGUGCCCCGGGGACGGCGUGAUCACCUGUCAGCCUGGAGACUCGGAGGAGAAGCAAAUGGAAUCUCUGGCACAACUGGAGCUGUGUCAGAGGCUCUACAAGCUACACUUCCAGCUCCUCCUCCUCUUCCAGUCAUACUGCAAGCUGAUUGGACAGGUCCACGCUGUCAGCUCUGUGCCUGAGUUGCUGAACAUGUCCAGAGAGCUGAGUGAGCUGAAGGUCAGCCUGCGGGUGGCGGAGUCAGCCGUGGCCAGCGACCUGGAACACGCCCACCAGGCCCAUGCCCCGCCCCCGGCCUCCGCUGCCCCGCCCAACUUCCCCUCUUCAGAAGCGGCCAUACAGGCCAUCCUGGGGUGCCUGAAGAACCAGGAGUUCACCAGAGCCAUACGCUACAUCCAGGAGUGCAGGAGGAAGUGGCCUAAUGCCGUGUUUGGCGGCGGGGCCGAGAGUGAGGUGCAGACGCUCCUCAACGUCUACUUCCGCCAUCAGACCCUGGGCCAGACGGGCACCAUCGCCCUGGUGGGGUCACGCCACGACCUCAGCCUGAUCUGCUCCAAGCUGCUGGAGCUCAACGGGGAGAUCCGGGAGAUGAUCAGCCGGGCCCAGGGGUACCGCGUGGUGAACACCUACCUCCCCGACUCCUCGGCCUCCGGGACCAGCCUCUGACAGCGGCACGGGAGCCCCCCUCCGACCCCGCCCCCGUUAGCCUGGGCCCCUCCGACCUCAUCGUCCCCGGGGGGGCUGUUGACCCCUCGUCUGACCCUGCCUCUGCCCCCGGCACCACCCCUUCCCCCUCAGCCGUGGCUGCGCCAGUCCCAGCCUCGCUCCCGGGUUCCACCACCGGCCGGGCCGGAGACUGCUCCCUCCUGUUACUGCGGCCCUCACCACGCCGGACAAGCUGUCCGGACACACACCGGGCCCCUGAUCCACGGCCAAGACGGGGCCCCGACGGACACGCGGCAGCCCAAACCCCUGGUUCACUGCCAGACGUAGCCCCCGGCCCGGCCUUACUCCAACGCCACGACGCACACACAUUUCCUGCCAUCUCGCCUCGCGGCUCACACCUGCCCCGGUCCCCAGACGAUGCCCCGCCCGCCGUCCUGAUCCGCGGCCCGGUUCGGUUCUGUACGCACUCAGACACACACACAUUUCCUCCCGUCCCUCCUCGUGCGUCACCUCACUCCCUGUUCUCACAACCGCCAGAACCUUUCCUAGACUCCCCCCUGGUCCUGACCCACGGCCCCCUCCCUCCCCCUCUCCCCCCUGACCCAGAACAACGGUUGGACCCAGAUCCGGGUGGAGAGCUGGGGUGGGGGUGCUGUUGUGCUACACCCCUGUCCCCCCUGUCCCGUUACCUGGGAAAGGUGGGGCAUGCCGCCCAACCCCUGCUUGACAUGGGGGGGCUCCUGAACCUUAAACAACCCUCUGAUGUUCAGACCUGAACCUGAACACACCUGAGGGUCACUAUGAUUGACACGCAUGGCUGGCUGACUGCCAACCAACGCUGACAUCGUCAAAACACCUGAGGACGGACGUCCCUGACAAAUACCCUGUGAACCAGAGGAUUCACCCAAAAUCAGAGUCUCCUGACCGUCAAAAUCACUGGGGUGGACUUUCCUGGAAUAAGUGGCAUUAAAUGACUGCGUGAUCUGACAGAAAUCCACUGAAGUAAAAGGGUUAGAGACAUUUACCUGAUGUUGAUGACAUCCAACCAAGACAUCAACCUAAACGAGGCUGUCAGAUUAACUCUCAGUGACCUGAGGAUUUGAACAGCUAAUCUCAGCAAAACGUACCUGGGAAACGUACCUGGCGGUCAACACCUGAAGAAGGAAGUACCUACCUGGUACCACCAGAAGCCAUGACCUGAGGUGACCUCGGCGGUGAACAUCCCAGAGUCACUGCUUCUACCGCGUUAGCACUGAAAAUGUUACCAUGGUAACUACUAAGGGGAGCGGCGGUGGCUGUUUCUGAGACAGACAUUACGUCUGACUGUUGACCUGUGAGAUCGCGGAUGACGGGUGCCUAGCAUCGCUCUCACAGCGUGACGUUUAAAUGCAGGUUAACAUUUCUUUUUAGGGGAAAAUGUGCAAUGCAUGACCUUAACUGAAUGCUGUGUUCUAGAAACCCACUGUUCUAUUUCAAGAGACUGUUCCGGAAUCCCUGGCCGGGUCCCGUAGAGUUGGUUACUAGGACGAUGUUCCGUUUUUUGCACAACUGACUGACUGAAGGCGAGUUUGUUGGGUUGUGUUUCCAGAACGCCUCCCUUCGUGUUUAUGCGUCUGAUCUCCGUGCCGUCACUGCUGGGUUUGAACCGCUGAAAUCUGGCGUCUGUCUCUGAACCGUCCCUGGUAGAGCACCGCUGUACACACUACUGUUUCACGUUGACCCCUAAAGGUGUGGUCGCACACCGCUGUAGCAUAUCAAGGUAAUGUAGCGGGGGUACGUACGCACCCACUGGAUCUCCAUUACCCCCCCACGCCACGCCACGGCAUGUGUGGCCAAAACCAUGUAUCCGGCAGCGCCAUUGGGGACGCAACAUUUUGAAGUAGUCAACUGGGCGUGUCCUAUCUAUGGGGUCAAGGAAGUGUCACACGACUCCGCCCACGUCCUCAGAAGGGGCAGGUCAGUUUUCUUGCAGUUUACCUUCCAACGAGGCACGGUGUUGUUAUCUGCUGACAUGAGAGCCCAUUCCCUGUAAACCACGCUCAAAUAUUUCCAUGGUACACUGUAACGUGUGUGUGUGUGUGUUUGCUGACGUUCAGCUUGUGUUAUUUAACGUUCACAACCAGACGUGUUGAGCUACUGCUGAAAUACUUGCUGGACCCCGUUCCAAUACUCAACAGAAAGUGUACAGUGCACGCCUUCACUUCCUCCAAGGAGUCACUGAUCUAAUGUGAUUGGAUGGGUCUGAAGGGGUUCAUGUACUGGGUUUUGGUCGUAUCUAGUUCAGUGGCCAAGGAGGGAAUUGGUUUCAGUGUAUUGGAGCAGGGUCAAGGACACUUCCUGUGGUGGUCCGUCCUUUUUGUGAUUCCCCCCGGAGCCUUUUACUUUCUACCCGUCAGUUCCUCUCUGCUGCCUUCCAGCUUGUUGAUACCUGAUUAAGAGCAAACCCCCCGGUGACAAACCAGUUUCAUAUUGGUGAAUAUGAUGUUGACGUUCCUUCAGUUCAAACCGACUUUAACUGCCAUGCAUGCAAACUGUAUGUACUGUAUGAAAUGUAGAAAUAUUUAUUACUGAGAUUCCUAUUUUAUCUGAACGAUACGUUUGUAUGAGGAACAAAAUGGAGUUGCAUAGGCUUUCAUGGGAAAGAAUUUUCUUUGUGUGUGUAUGAAAGCGUGUGCAUGCAAAAGGAAAUUGCACAUUUUUAAAGCUUUUUAGAGGAAGACUGCGUUAGUCAUUUUUUUCCACUGUGUAAAUAGCUUUACAGCUUUUGUGAAGUCAUUUUGAGUUGAUGCCAUGUAUAAUUCCGUGUCAAAAUAAAGAUAUGUCAAAAUUA